GUGGGCGUGGUAUGAGUUGGGAAAACAAAUUGCAGACACCCGCUGAGACUUCCUCACCCUGCGUCAGUUCGAGUUUCCCCGCGGCUCCUCUCAGCUGGCCGUGCGUAAUUUCCCCGUCAUUGGAGUUUUGCGCGCAGGGUGCGUCGGGCAGCAGCAGCAGCAGCACCGGGAGCGGCUGCUUCACGUCUCCGGCCGGCGCUACCCUGACUCUGGUCUCAGAUGGGGGGAUCGGACCGCUCCGGAGGGAUCCAGACGCCGACAGCAGCACUGUGAGGAGGCUCCGGGAGCCGUCAUGUACUGAGGCGACAGACGGGCAGUAGGAGCGCAAAAAGAAAGCAGCUGACAGCGGCAAACAUGAGCAGCGGCGGCGGAGAGAUCAUCUUCCAGGGCUGGCUGAGGAAAUCACCGCCGGAGAAGAAACUUAGGAGAUAUGCUUGGAAAAAACGCUGGUUUAUCCUUCGGAGCGGCCGCAUGAGUGGAGACCCCGACGUCCUGGAGUACUACAAGAACGACCACUCCAAGAAGCCCAUCCGGGUCAUCGACCUGCACUGCUGCGAGCAGGUGGACGCCGGCCUGACCUUCAAGAGGAAGGAGUUCCAGGACAGCUUCGUCUUCGACAUCAAGACCUCGGACCGCACCUUUUAUCUGGUCGCCGAGACCGAGGAGGAGAUGAACAAGUGGGUCCGCUCCAUCUGCCAGCUGUGCGGCUUCAACCAGUCGGACGACGGCCACGAUGGCAGGUUGCACCAGAUGCCUCGUUCUGUGGGAGCAGAUGUCACCGGUUCGAUGGCUCCCCUGACCGGCGAGCGCAAGUCGUCCGCCCCCAUCCACUCCAGCCAGCCGGUGCUCUUCACCUUCGACGUGCCUGUGCGCCACUCCCACCACAGCGCCCUGUCCAACAGCGCGCCCCAGGACUACCUCCUCCUCCACCAGUGCAUGAGCAGGAAGACGGAGAGUGCACGGAGUGCCAGCUUCUCCCAGGCCACGAGGAGCAGCAAUGUGUUUGUGGGGAGCGACUCUGCCGUGCAAAAACUCUCCUACGGCUUUUCCCACUGUCUGAACGGCAUGGGCGCCCAGCUGCACGGCUUCUACAGCCUCCCCAAGCCGGGGAAACACCAGCUCCCGGGACACGACGACUCCUCGCAGGAGGCCUGCUACGUCCUCCCCCGGGGUUUCAGCUCGGAGGCCCCGGCCCACAGCGGCCUGGGCGAUGCCGAGCUGGAGAGCGACGAGGUGUACACCUUCAAGACCCCCUGCAAUGCCCUCGCCACCAUGCACAGCAACGAGCGAUCGCCUGACAACUACGACCUCCCCACGCCGCCCGGCUCCUUCUACCAGAUCCCCCGGACUUUCGAUAAGAAUCACAAUGCCUUGACGCCCUCCAGCUCCGAGUCCUCCUGCGCUCCCCCUCCCAGGCCCCCGAAGCCGAGCCAGGGCUCUGAGGGCCAGUGGGGGAGUCCUCAGUCGGUGGGAAGUCAGAACGGAGAGAUGACAUCUGCUGUGUCGGUCAUCCCACGCAGAAACACUCUGCCUGCGGUGGAGAACAUCCGGCUGCACAGAGGAUCGUCCUUUGAAACUAAUAGCCAUCAUCGUCUCAUCCAUUUCAACAACUCAGGCCAGUCUGUGGAGUCGGUCAAUGAUGGAUUCAGCUCCUACCUGAGAACUCAGGCCCCUCUAACUCGCUCAGACAGCGGCAAUUCCGAUGACAACUAUGUGCCGAUGAAUCCUGGCUCCUCGCCGCUCAGCGCCGCCCAGGCUGACAGUCCUAAGAAUAUCUACAUUCCUAUGAGCCCGGGGCCGCAUCACUUCGACUUCCCAGGAUUCUCUGCAACGUUACCUGCCCGCAAGGGGAGCAGCGCGUCCUUGUGUCACCGGCCCGGGCGGCUCAGCGACGUCACGCCGCCGCCCAUCAACCGCAACCUCAAACCCAACAGGAAAUCGAAGCCAACACCUCUGGAUCUCAAGAACAACGGGAUCAUUGAUGAGCUGCCGUUUAAGAGCCCGGUCACCAUGUCCUGGACACGGCCCAUGCCUGCUAUGAACUCCAUGUCCUCCCAGCACUGUCGACCCAUCUCCACACAGAGCAUCACCAGCACCGACUCUGCAGACAGCGAGGAAAAUUACGUGGCUAUGCAGAACCCAGCGUCUACCUCUCCGGCCGUGAGCGGCACCAGCAGCCCAGCCCCGAGGAAGUGCGGCAACGUGGACUACCUCGCGCUAGACUUCCAGCCUGGGUCGCCCAGCCCACACAGAAAACCGUCCACGUCCUCUGUGACGUCUGACGAGAAGGUGGACUACGUGCAAGUGGAUAAGGAGAAGACCCAGGCGCUGCAGAGCACAAUGCAGGAGUGGACUGAUGUGCGGCAGUCGACUGAGCCUGCCAAGGGGGUCAAGUCCUGACACUGACCCAGAGGAGCAUUUCAACUUUAAGUCAAGCAUCCUCAGUAUUGGGUUUCUAUCAUUACCGUGAAUGCUGUCUGGGCUUGUUUAAGACUGAAAUAUCCAGGCAAAAAAAAAAAAAAAAAAAAAAAAAACCAAACGAAAAAAAACAAACAAAAGAAAAGAGGAAGCCAUAACCAAUUGUUUGCCUGUUCUCUGUAACGAUUCUUACUGCGUGCUGCUCGCAUGCAGGAUAUCAGGCCAUGCAGGCGACGUGUCCUGCCUCGCUCUUCUCCAUGCAGACUGUUAGAGAAGUGAAUGGGGCAACUGAAAAUGCGUGUGAAAAUAUCAUCCCGAUCAUCAAUCCACUUCAAACUCCCCUGUCCCCGCCCGUCCGCAGCAGUUAAUUUAGUUUGCCUCUACCUGGUGAUUUUCUCGAUGGCUGACGUUAAAGAAAAAAUUAAAGAAAAUGGGCAGAAGCUAACUGGUCGAUAACUAUAUUAAUACACUGUGAGACUUCGCUGACUGGUCUCGGGAAUGCCAAGAUGCACUCCUCCAAUUUUGGCAUGCGGGCUGACGUCCUCUUUUCACUUCAAUCUAGCGUUUUGUGCUGAGUCUCGCAGAAGCGGUGAGGAGAUUAUUUUCACUGCGGGCAGUCAUUUCAGCUUAGCGGUGCAUGUCUGGCAAAGAGGAGGAGGAGGAGGCAGCAAAAUACAGCCGUACAAAUGCGCCGAGGCCCGUGUCAGAAGCCGCGAUGAUGGCUGCACACGGCGGGCGCCUCCGUUUCCAUUAACUGCGAGCCCCAGCCAUAUUUAAGAGCUGUCAGGACGGGAUGACAGUCCAAUUAUUUCAGCGCAGGUGCAAAGUCAGUCGCACCCAAAUGUAUAUAAUGAAGAAAAUCAGCCAGAGACGGAUGAAGAAACAUCUCGGAUCUUGAUAAGUUUGGCCUCACUGGUCGCUUCAUUUCAGGUGUUCUUAUUCAUUUCAAUACAGAUGUGCACUGACCAGGAAAAUUGAGUAAUAUGAAGUAAAGAUCAAGCCGGGGAGGUGUACUUUUAAAAACGCUCUUAUCUUCUUCUCCCUGCAGACAAUAAAUACAAGCUUUAACAGACACAGAGAAGCAUAUUUCUGUUUUCUGGACUCUCACAUGCCACACACUACAGCGGAUAACUGUUUCCUGGAUGUGAAUUAUUAAUAGAAUGACAUAUUUGCGGUGCAUCUUGUUGACUGUUAGUAAUUUGACGAACUCGGAACAAAAGUGCACUACAGGAAUGCAACUUUUCUCUGAAAGUUUGCCCGUGAUCGUAGUCACUUAAAAAAAAAAAAAAAAAAGUUGAGGAAUGGUUCUCUUUAGUCUUCUAUUUCUUCGAUUUGCCUUAUAUUUUCUGUU